GCGGAGAGGAGGAGCGAUAUUUUAACUUGAAGACGUCUGCUGGUGGUUUUGUAAUUUAACGAAUAAAACUAAUCCAGCUAGUUUUCAUCUCGCUUUUAAUCUCAUUUACUAGUUUACAUACAAGUAAGAUGAUGUGUUUUCGUGACAUUUUGCUUAAAGGUUGAAGAUAACGAUAUGGAGAACACAGAAACGGACGUUGAAGAACCACACUGGGUAACUAAACUUUUCCCUCCACGUUUUACUGUGCUAGACCUUGUCGGGGACAAUAUUACCCCAUGGCCCCCAGAGAGUGUGCUAGUAACUGAGAAAUUUGCUGCCCAGAGAGCCGAGAGAUUAAAGGAGAUUUACUAUUCUUCACUGAGAGAAGUGCAGGCACAUGAGAAGAAGAAAAGGCUCGAAAAGUUUGAGAAAAAUGUUGUCCGGGAAUAUGAAGAAGGAACAGAUAUGGUCUCCAGGCCACCGUCAACAAGAAAUGCCAAGAAGAUAACUGAAAGCUCAUCAAGUCCUAUUCAGGAAGAUCAGCCCAUCUGGAAUGCAGAGGAGAUGUACAUCCUAAGGGAAGCCAUGCACCAGAAAGAUUCUGAAAAGCAGCAGUUACAAAUUCACCUGAACAAUGCUCAGGCAGCAGUUGAAAGACUUCAGAGCGAGCGUGCUCAACUGGAAAAGAAUCUAAGCCAAAAAGAAAGGGAACUUCUCAGAGUGCAGCAGGAAAAUGAACGACGGGCCUUGCAUGUGUCACUUUUACAAAGAGAGGGGUUAAUAAAAGAUAAAACAGUUCAAGCUUGGCUGGAAGAGAUACAGGAAAAAACAACGGAAGUACAAAACCUUACUCGGGAGCUGCAAAAAGCCAGGAGUGAUAUCCUCGAUCAAAGUUUACAGAAUAAGGAACUUCAAGAUAAACUGAUAAAAGAGAGGCAGAUGCAGGAGGACAUGCACCAAACAAUAAUUGAAAAGAUUAAGGUGGAGCAUGAGGUGGUAAUUCAGAAGAUGCAGAGAGAACUUGAGACAGCCGAGGCCGAACUUGCUACAGAAAAGCAAAUGCAUGCCAGGAAUCUUAAUGCUCUAGAACUGCUAAGGAGACAUUUUGCCAAUUUGCCACCACAGAAUAAUGAAGAUGUUCUUGCUGCCAAUGUCGGCCACAUUGGGUACUAUUAAAAUCUACAACAGUUAGCCCAUUUUUGAAGUAACAGUGUGUUUCAAGAUGGAUUUUGCAAGCAGCCAAAUUUGACGGUUUAGUUACAGGGAAUGGCAAGCGUUUCAUCCAGAAGCCUUGAGUUGUCCUGUAAAAAGCAGAUUUAUAAAUGGAAGGAUUUACCAAAUAUUUCAUUACCAUUAGAAAUCUUCUUUUGCCAUUUUCCUGUAGUGGACAUCUUUUUAAUUACCAGAAACAAAAACGGUUGUUUAUAUAGCAUUAUUAACCAAUAAAUAGAUGAAUUUGGGUAAACAAAGUGAGCUCUGUUGUGUCAAUGAAAUCUCGUAUACACACAGCACAGAAUGUAAGUUGACAGAUCAAUGGAUUGAUCAAGCAUUGUUUUGUAUAGGGUUUUCAUAGAGAGUACAACUUAAACAAUUUUUAUAAGACAAAUGCAUAAUCUUUAUUUUUGAAUAGUCUGGUUAAGUAACAGUCAGUAUCAUGCAGUAAACGUUUAGCUUUGUGGCAUCAAGGCCUUACCCACAGCCAGAAAACCACACUUGUGACAGCAAAAAUACAGAAAUGAGUACUAAGCACAUAUAUAUGGUAUAAUGGUGGGCACUGCUACCUCACAGCUCCAGAGUCCUGGAAUAAAAUUGUAGUCUAAUCAGUGUCUGUGUUGGAGUUUGCAUAUUGUCCCC